AGGAGCUUUGCUGAUUGGUCUGGUUUGUGCCACAUUCUGUUCUCGUUACUCCAGAAGAAGUGAGCAAUAAAUUCAGAAGGGUUUCAUUCCAAAACCUUUAUGAAGGAGUGCCCAGGAUUCACAUCUCCAGGGAAUCUUCUCACAUGGGAAACAUGUCCUAACAGGAUUCAUAGCAACAGUUCUGCAAUUUUGUUGUACAGCCUACAGCAUCUAGACACAUAAUCUUCUGCCAUGAAGCUGCUGUUUAAAUUACAGAGUUUAAAACUCUUGAGGACUCUGAAGCCUCUUAAUAGAACUUUCCAUGGACAUCCCAGGCUGCUUUCCUCUGAUGUAUAUUCCCAGUAUGAGUCCAUCAGACAGGGCAAACAGGAGGUACCAAAGUACUUUAACUUUGCAAGUGAUGUACUGGACAAAUGGUCUGAGAUUGAAAAGGCUGGAAAGAGACCACCCAACCCUGCUUUCUGGUGGAUAAAUGGUGAAGGAGAAGAAGUGAGGUGGAGCUUUGAGGAGCUGGGGCUCCUAUCUCGGAAAGUGGCCAACAUGCUGACUAAAGAAUGUGGGCUGCAGAAGGGAGACAAGCUGAUCCUGAUCCUACCACGAAUCCCAGAGUGGUGGCUGGUCAAGGUGGCUUGUAUGCGAGCAGGAAUUGUCAUAAUCCCAGGAACAUCCCAGUUAUCAGCCAGAGACAUCCUGUACCGACUCCAGGCGUCAAAGGCCACGUGCAUCAUCACCACUGACAAACUGGCUCCUGCAGUGGACUCAGUGGCAUCCCAGUGCCAGCUCCUGAAAACCAAGCUGAUGGUGUCCAAAGGCAGCAGGGAGGGGUGGCUGAACUUCACUGAGCUGUACCAAAAACAAUCUGCUGACCAUUCCUGCAUCAAAACAAGCAUUCAAGACCCAAUGACUAUCUUCUUUACCAGUGGAACCACAGGUUCUCCAAAGAUGACUCAACAUUCCCAGGGUAGUCUUGGUUUCAGACCCCUUUUAAGUGAAAGGUACUGGUUGGAUUUGACUCCCUCUAACAUGAUAUGGAACACAGCAGACACAGGAUGGAUACUAACUUCAAUAGCAUCUUUUUUUGAUCCCUGGGUUUUUGGAUCGUGCAUCUUUAUACAUAACCUACCACAGAGUGACUCAGCAGUCAUCCUAAAUACUCUCUGCAGAUUCCCAAUUGAUGUCCUGGUUGGUGCUCCAACAUUGUUCCGCAUGCUGGUGCAAAAUGAUCUCUCCAAAUACAAAUUCAUGAAGCUGCAGUACUGCGUGAGUGGAGGGGAACCACUCAACCCAGAAGUGAUGGAGCAGUGGAAGAGCCAGACGGGGCUGGACAUCCAUGAGGUGUAUGGCCAAACUGAAAUGGGAAUAAUCUGCUGUGUUGGUAAAGGAAUGAAGAUUAAACCUGGAUCAAUGGGGAAAGCAGCUCCCCUUUAUGAUGUUCAGAUCGUUGACAAAAAUGCCAAUAUCCUGCCUCCAGGACAACAGGGGGAAAUUGCUGUCAGAAGCAAACCUAUAAGACCACUUGGUUUUUUCUCUGAAUAUUUAGACAACCCUAAGAAAACUGCAGAGAGUGAACGUGGAGAUUUUUAUGUCACUGGAGACAGAGGGACUAUGGAUGAAGAGGGAUAUUUCCAGUUUAUUGGCAGAGACGAUGACAUCAUCAUUUCUUCAGGGUAUCGCAUUGGGCCAUUUGAAGUAGAGAGUGCCCUGAUAGAGCACCCAGCUGUAGUAGAAACAGCUGUUGUCAGCAGCCCAGACCCCCUCAGAGGAGAGGUUGUGAAAGCAUUUGUGGUUCUGUCCCCAACCUUUUCAUCCACUGACCUGAAGAGCUUAACUCGUGACUUGCAGAAUCAUGUCAAGAAAACUACUGCUCCAUAUAAAUACCCCAGAAAGGUGGAAUUUGUCAAAGAGCUGCCAAAGACAAUCACUGGGAAGAUCAAGAGGAAUGAAUUAAGGGACAAAGAGUGGGGACGGAUAUAGCAUUGUUUGGAACUUAACAAAACUUCUUUCAUUCCAUUAGAGCUAUAUUCAUUUCACUACUAUAACUGACCUCACUCUGAUCUCUUUUUAUUAAGUGCCUGAGCAUCAAAAAACACAGGUAACAUCAAGAUGUGAUAUUUGUACCUGCUUGCAGAGUUUCCAAUAUCAGUGAAUUGUAUUAUUCUGGUGAAAAAUAAAAUUUUCAAUGGACAACUUCAA